AUGGCCCCUCCACAAUACAUUAUCAACGCUCAUGUUUAUGGCGACACCUAUGACAAUGAAGAAGUUUGUUUUCUGUUUAGAAACACUGAGGUUACACGGUUUUCUUUAAGCAGAAAAUCAAAUUUCAGUUACUUCAAACAGAGAUUAGAGACAAAGCUUGCACUGGGUGAUGUAUUCCAAAUUUUUUACCAAUAUCGAUUUCUUCGUGGGGACAACCCGGUCAAGUUUAUCCAAGUUGAGGUCAAAGAUGAUGAAGACCUGCAGAAUAUGUUUGCCAAUCAUGAGUAUUCUGGUUACGAGUACAUAGAGUUGUAUGUUACUCUACCAAAAGUUCAACCCACACAAUUGGUGGAGUCACAAGUCAUUGAUUCACUGGUCGACGAGCAAGCAGAGGUCGACGUUGUAGAUGAAGAAGAAGAAGCACCGGAAGUAGAAGUUGAUAACUUGGUCAACGAGGAAAGUGAAGACGAACAUGACGUUGUUGUGCCACCAGAUCAAGUGCAUAUGCCUCCAACGCACAUGAGGAACUUGAACUUCGAUGGGGAUGAACCAUCGUCUGAUAUUUUCUAUGAUCCAUACACUCAAACAGAUGCACGGUUAAAAGAAGGAGACAAAUUUCAUUCAAAGGAGGAAUGUAUCAUGGCCAUAAAAAGAUUUCAUAUGCCAAACAAUGUUGAUUUUAAAGUUGAUCGUGCCAACGUUGAGAGGUACAAAAUUAAGUGCAGAAACCCUGAUUGUGGAUUCAGGUUGGCUGCAUCAUACAGGAAGAGAAGUGAUUCAUGGGUGAUAGGAUCUAUUUCCCAAGAUCACACAUGUGUUAACACAAAUGUUUCCCAAGAUCACCGUAAGCUAAGUUAUGAUAUUAUAUGUCAAGAAAUCUUGCCCCUAGUAGACAAAGAUCCGUCAGUAAAGGUGAAAACGAUAAUCUCUCAUAUCAUUGCAACUUACAAUUACACUCCAUCUUAUAGAAAGGCGUGGCUGGCGAAAACCAAAGUGAUCGAACUUGUGUAUGGAAAUUGGGAGGAUUCGUACAAACAACUUCCACGUUUCUUAUCUGCGCUUCAAAUUUAUGCUCCUGGAACCGUUAAUAUUUUAGAGACCCUUCCGGCGCAAUCUCCAGACGGAACGUGCCUUCAAGGUAAUGUGAUAUUCCACAGGCUUUUCUGGGCUUUCCGCCUAUGUGUUCAAGGAUUUGCGUAUUGCAAGCCAAUUCUUCAAAUAGAUGGCACUUGGUUGUAUGGAAAAUAUAAGGGGACCUUGUUGAUGGCUGUGGCACAAGACGGAAAUAGUAACAUUUUUCCUGUUGUGUUCGCUCUUGUGGAAGGAGAAACUGUUGGAGGUUGA